CUUUAAAGUACAGGUACCAUUUCAAGUUUUAAUUUUUCAUUUUCGCCCUACAGAAUGAACCAGAAACUUUCUUGAAUUUCAAGUUAUAGAAGUAACAUCUUAAAAUGGGAAGCAGUUCGAGUACCCGGACAAUUACUGUUGAGCAGGAUGCAGAAACGGGUGUUGUAAAGGUCUCGGAGGAUUUGUUAAAACGAAUGCUUGGAGGAGGUGAGGAUAGGAAAGAACAAGCAAUACCAGAUAAACAACCAGAGAGAGAGGGAAGGCAUCAUCCAGUAGAAACAAGCAGUUAUGAUUUGAAGCGUUUGAAUGAAGAUUGGCAGGAGAGACUUUAUCAGACAGAACAGCAGUGGCAACUGAAACUAGAUCAGGCUGAGGAAAAGAAUACAGCGCUUCUACAGCUGACAAAUGACCAGUUUAAACAAGCAGCAGAGGAGGUGGAAGCAAAAUUUGUAAAGCACCAGUAUGUUCCGAUAUGUCAGAAGUUACAAGAUGAAGUCUUAAAGUGUUAUGCAGCCAACCCUGGUAGAGCCCUCAACUGCUCACAAGAAGUCAAAGCAUUUACUACAUGUGUAGAACACAGUCGAACAAGUAUUCUAACAAAGAAAGGCCAGGAGACAUUGUCGUAGCUCUGUGGAUAGACGAAACACAACUAUCCUGAAGUAAUGGAAAACUAAUGGAAACACCUUUUUGGGAUUGACAGUAGAUUAAUCAUUUAUACUUUCCAUAGAUUGAAUUCUUGCAUGGCAAUAAUGAACACCGUUUGUUAGUUUUCCCCGGACCUUUUAAGCAGUGUUAUCAAGCUUGGAUGAACCGUGUGUAAAUGUUUAUAUUAUCUUGAUCUUUAUCUGCAAAUAUACAAAACUUCCGUUUUGUGAUUUGUGUUAUUAAUUGCACGACUUGGCAUGAGGAAGAGUUGACCAAAAUGAGCACCAGUUGUUUGAAGUUUUGAGUUGUCCUGCUUCCAAAGCUUACCAUGGGUGUGUACCCCGAUCUGCCCCUGGAACAUUCGAAUAGCUUUGACUUCAUUCAAGGGGCUCACCCCGGUCAGCCCCAAGUGCCUACUUGGUCACUUGGGGCUGGCCGGAGGUGCAUGGCGUCACAUAGUGAGGGUGAGUAAUUGUUCAAUUGGCUCGUGUCAGGGGCUCACCUGAAUGAGCACCGCGGGGUCGACACAGGGAAGCUAAUAGAGUGCACCCAUUAACUUUUCAAUUUUAUUUUGUUUAAUUAAAAAAUAAGAACGCUGUGUGUACAGUGGCUAAAUUGGUAAAAGGAGGGUACUGGUUUACAUUAAAUUAAUGACAUAUAGAUAACAUUAUUUGCAGACAUGAAAAAAAAGUAACUGAAAGUUUUUCAAAAUUAUCUCGGCAGUCACGGACGUGACUAGUUGGAAUGUGUAGGUCGGUGGUUUUGCAGUAUGUGUCGAUCGCAACUUUUGUGUCCUUGAGCAAGGGACUUGAUCACAAAUUGUUUUCUCUACCCAGGUGUACAAAUGGGUACCAGUGAGAACAGGGGAGUAAACUGUGAUGGACUGAUGUCCGGGGAAUACAAAUAUUCUCAGUCAUUAAGUGCCCUUGAAACUGGAUAUUAACACUGGCCUGGUGAAUGGCUUUGGACAGACUUAACUCUUCUGUUAUUUUUAGACAAAGUAAUGUUGAUGCACAGCCUGGUUUGAUGUGAUCUUGAUGAAAUGGCGGUAUAUAAAACGUUUGCAUGUAUGUAUGUUACAGUGUAUGCAAAAAAAGAUGGAUGCUUCAUGAUAAUUUCAGGUUUAUUGUUAACUGAGGUUGCAUACCUUCCAUUUCAAGAGCAUAACUCACGUUUUGUUUACAUUCGGUGAAAAAAAAAAAAAAAAGUUGAUGUGGAAUUUCCAUGAGAUUUUAUCAAUAAAAGACUGGCAAUGGUUUGUGGUCAGUUCACAUUAUAUUUAA